AUGCAGACCAGUGACAAAUUGGAUCCGUGCUGCUAUUUCCCCUGCCAACACAGUGGUUUGUGCGUCCGGGUUGGCACGGACAGCUAUGAAUGUGAUUGUACCCGGACGGGAUACUAUGGCACCAACUGCAGCUCGGCGGAGUUCUGGACAUGGCUGUACGACACCCUGAAGCCGAGGCCGUCUUCCGUUCAUCACUUGCUGACCCACUUCCGCUGGCUGUGGAGCCUGGUCAACCGGACUUUCAUCCGAGGUCUUCUGAUGCGACUGGUGUUGACGGCCCGGGCCAACCUGAUCCCCAGCCCGCCCACCUUCAGCGGCAACUAUGGAUACCUGAACUGGGAAUCCUACAGCAACCUCAGCUACUUCACCCGCAUCCUCCCGCCGGUGCCCCCCAACUGCCCCACUCCGAUGGGAGUGAAAGGACCACUGGAGCUGCCAGGAGCCGAGCUGGUGGCCGAAGAACUUCUGCUGCGCCGGACUUUCCAUCCGGACCCGCAGAGGACCAACUUGAUGUUCGCCUUCUUUGCCCAGCACUUCACCCACCAGUUCUUCAAGACGUUUGGCAAGAUGGGCCGCGGAUUCACCCGGGCUCUGGGCCACGGGGUGGACCUUGGCCACAUCUACGGAGACAACCUGGAACGCCAGCAUCACCUGCGCCUCUUCAAGGACGGGAAGCUGAAAUACCAGGUGAUGAAGGGAGAGAUGUACCCCCCAACAGUGAUGGAAGCCGCCGUGCACAUGAUCUACCCACAAGGCACCCCUCCGGAGCAGAGGUUUGCCAUGGGCCAAGAGGUCUUCGGUCUUCUCCCAGGCCUCCUGAUGUACGCCACCCUCUGGCUGCGGGAGCACAAUCGUGUCUGUGACCUGCUGAAGCAGGAACACCCGAUCUGGGACGAUGAGCAGCUGUUCCAGACCGCCCGGCUCAUUCUGACAGGUGAGACGAUCAAAAUUGUCAUUGAGGAUUACGUCCAGCAUCUCAGCGGCUACCACUUGAAGCUGAUGUUUGAGCCUGAGCUUCUCUUUGGGGCCCAGUUCCAGUACCAGAACCGCAUCGCUCUGGAGUUCAACCAGCUGUACCACUGGCACGCCUUAAUGCCAGAGUCCUUCCAGCUGCCCGACAGAGAAUACAGUUACGACCAGUUCCUGUUCAACAGCACCAUUUUCACCGACUACAGCAUAGAGACCCUGGUAGAGGCCUUCUCCAAGCAGCGAGCUGGACAGAUCGGCGGGAAGCCAAAUAUCAACAAGCACCUUCUCAAGGUGGCUAUUGGAGUUAUCAAGGAAUCGCGGCUGAUGCGUCUCCAGCCUUUUAAUGAAUACCGAAAGAGGUUCCAUCUGAAGCCAUACACGUCCUUCCGGGAACUGACAGAUGAUGAAAACAUGGUUGCCAAACUGGAAGUACUGUAUGGAGACAUUGAUGCUCUGGAGUUCUUCCCCGGCCUGUUGGUGGAGAAGACCUACUCCAACGGCAUCUUUGGACAGAGCAUGAUAGAGAUGGGGGCUCCCUUCUCUUUGAAGGGGCUCCUGGGGAACCCCAUCUGCUCCCCUGAAUACUGGAAGCCCAGCACUUUUGGUGGUGCCGCCGGCUUCCGAAUCGUGAACACGGCAAGCUUGGAAAAACUGGUCUGCCUGAACGUCAAGCAGUGUCCCUACGUGGCUUUCCACACGCCCGACCACGGAGAGGCUCCUGAAAGCCCGGAGGAGAAGCAGCGACCUUCAACGGAGCUCUAA